AUAGUUAUGGCAUUUCCGCUCUUUCCCUGCCUGGCAUCUCGGGUUGUUGUGGAGUAUGACAAGUGACGAGUGCGUGGUUUGUUUAUUUGGUUGGUGUUCACGUCAAAUCUUAAUUUUUAGCCAUGGACUCAGAAAACGACACUCAUAGCUUACCUGAUGGACCGAAGGAUUUAUGUUUCAGCAAAUAUGAUUUCAUGAAGACACCCUUUUCUGUUGAUGAAUUUCUUCAGAAUCAGCGGAAAAAUGCAAACCUUGAAAUUAUGAGAGAUGAUUUGGGAGUUUAUCUUAAAGUUCUGCGCUCUGCUAUGAUUGAAUUAAUCAACAAAGACUAUGCAGACUUUGUAAACCUCUCAAGUAAUCUUAUUGGUCUCGACAAAGCCAUCACCAAAAUCCAAGUACCACUUGGUCAGCUGAAAGAAGAAGUCUGGCAAGUCAAGUCUAAUCUUGAUGAGGCAAUAACUGAAGUAUCUGAGAGCCUUGAAAAGCAACGGUUUCUUCAAAAAACGAAGAGAAGCCUUCACAGCCUCAGCUAUGUUCAGCAGUCUCUCCACAAUCUCAGUACUCUUCUGCGUCUUCCAUCUCUUAGUUUUGAGUCUCCAAGCUCUGAUAAAGAGAGGGCUAAUGAACAGUUGGUAGAAGCAAAACAUGAUGAUUUUUCUGGAGCUGAUCUAGUAGAGCGAAUGGCAUCUGAGCUGAAUCAGCUGCAUUUUAGAAUAGGUCAUUGUGAAGAUCUUGUUGCUGAGGAGUACAAGGAGCGUCUGUCUCAAAUAGAAUCAGCACUUAUGAAGAGCUUGGAUAAGCUUUUCCUGGAGAGUAUAAAUGUACCAGAUAUUGUAACUAUCAAGAGGUGCUUGUGCGUUUAUGAAAGUCUUGGUAAAGAACGCGAAGCUGAAGAGUUAUUCCAAAAGAAAGUAGUAGCCAAAGAAUUGCACCAUGUUAUCAGUGAGGCAUCUUUACAAUCAAAUCCUCAAGGUUUAAAGGGAGUGUACAGGGAAAUUUUAAGUUUCAUUGAUAAUCAUAUGAAGGACUUAUUGGAAUUCACUUCACAUAGGGAAAGACCACCAGCUGUUUCUGGAUUCUUCUUCUUGGUUAACAGCUACUGGCCCGAGGUGGAACAGCGCCUUGAGCUUCACAUGCCUUCAAUAUUUGCCCCUGGCAAUCCUGACAACUUCUUUGAGAAUUUUACUGAAACUCAAAGUUUCUUGAACGAACUUGAGCAGAAAUGUGGAUCCAAGGCUGAAGUCAAACGACUUCAUCAACACCCACAGUACAUGUCAUUCCUCCAGCUUUGGAAUCUUCCCGUCUAUUUUCAAAUCAGGUUUCAAGAAAUUGCGGGCAGUUUAGAGACGGUUUUGUUUCAAUGGCCUAAAAACCUUAAAUCAACCUCUGAUCAGUUCCAAUUAUCCCCUACUGCUGCUACAUGGGCAGCAGCUCAGAUGUGUUGGAACUCAAAAAUAUUUCUUUUUCAGCUCACUCACAGGUUUUGGAAACUUACACUUCAAGUUUUUGCUCGCUAUUACUCAUGGACCGGGGAAGUUCUACGAGAGAAAUGGAGUGCAGAAGAGGUCACAAGUCGUAAAUCAUUUUUGGUUCAGCUUUUUUGUGACAUUAAGUCACUGUCAUCAUCCCUGCCUGAAAUUUUAGAUCUGGCAUUUGAACAUUUUAAUAAUUUAUCAGAUUCUAGCUUGAGCCACUUCAAAAGUAGUCUGCAGGAGAGUUCCGAACAGUUACUAUCCCGAUUACCAGCAGUUACAGAACGUAUUGUAUCUGAAGUAGCUGCAGUUAGUGGUGCAUCUCUCCGUCAAGUUAGUGACAUUCCGAGACUCUUCAGACGUACCAAUCGAGAUGUGCCUACUAAGCCUUGUUCCUAUGUGAAUGCAAUUUUGGCUCCACUCCUUGACUUUCACAACACCUACAGUUCUUCUGUUAGUACAAGUCAGUUAGAGGAGUGGCUUACUUUGAUUUGUUCUUCAAUAACAUGCCAGUUCUAUAUUUGCGUGUCAGAUGUACUCACUUCAGUUCAAAAAACAGAAGAGAGCUUACGCCGUUUGAAGAAAAUGAGAGAUCGAGGUGCACAAGCUUCCUCAGCAGAGGGCCGUGGAUUGUCUGAUGAUGAUAAAAUUAGAAUGCAGCUUUCCAUUGAUGUCAAUACCUUUAUUCUAGAAAUUGAAAAGCUUGGUGUUAAGCGUGACAAUGUGGAAAGACUUAUGGAUCUCACUAGUCUUGUGGAAAAUGCAAUUCAAGGCCAGCACCAGGCUCAAAACUAAACCAGUGCCCCAAGGGGUAGUGCAUUUAUGGGGCCAAACACAAUUGUUUGUAUUACCUGCAAAUUGUGAAAAUUUCUCAGUAUUUUCAUUCCAAUUUUUGUUCUAGUAACAUUGAAAAGAACAUGUUUAAAUCAUUUUUGUUAUUGGAUUGUUUUUGCCAAAGAUGUAUCAAAAAAUUGGAUGUUACUAUAUUGCUGUUAUGUUAUUGAAUAAUGUUAUGAUUGCUUACUGUUGUAAUUUAUAAAUAAAUAUAAAGCAAAUAUUAGAUA